CCCAUGCAUGACAUCCUCCAGGAUGCCUUAGACGAUCUGGCAUCCAGUCGGGCGUCCGUUACAGACAAAGGGGACGCACUGGUAGCAAUAGAGCACGUCCUCGCCGAGACCUGCGAUCCGAGAGCGGAGGGACUGAUAGGCUACUUCAAUGCCUUGCAGGAUACAUUCCAAUGCAAUGUCUCGUCACGCAUCAUCUCUUGGACGGCAGUAACCUCCGCUCAACUAGAGAGCUGCCUGAAUAAGGGAUCUAUUGACCGGGAGAAGAGGUCUGACUCUACCACUCUCGCUAGUCAGCUAGCCCGUGCCAUGGCAAUCAUUCAAGGUGUGACCCUUACCCACAAAUCUAGUAAACAAUCCUUAGGGAGACGUUAUUCCUUAGAGGUGCUCCUGGAUCUUCUAUUAGUGUCGCGUCACUUGGAAUCGACAUCCACCCCUUCCUCGAGUACCCCCACCUCGCCCAAAUCCGACGCGUCCGCCGCCGCACCACCCAAGGCUACGGAGAUACCCCUCGCUUCAGUUGUCAUCGACACUCUGCUAUGUAUCCUGGUGGACUCCAUCCCUGCACUCCGCGUAUUCGAGGACUUGAACGGCGUGCAAGUGAUUGUGAAGAUCCUAAAGCGGGCAGGUACACCGCGUGAAGUCAGGAUGAAAUGUCUCGAGUUCCUCUACUUCUAUCUGCUCGACGAAACAGCCAGCGUGCCGGAAUUCUCCAUGUCCGACAUCCAAACACCCGCAGCGACGCCAGUUCACACCCCCGUAGCCCCUCAUCGUUCAUACCCUUCCGUCUCAGCAACUUCGGACUCUUCGUACACCACUGCAACUUCCUCGCGCUCCUCUUCAGCAUCUUCCGCGUUCUCAGCCUGCUCUGCUUCUACCGCCGCCACAUCACGAUCACUUCACGAACUAGCUACCUCCCGUAAUCCGGACUCAUCGAAACCGUCUGCGACACCUCCUUCCAUUCCUCCGGCCUCGUCCGUACCAAAAUCGGUCAUACCAGGCCUGGUCCCCUCACACCGCACCGUUACACCGCCCUCUGGCGCCCAUGCCCUCAAUGCGCUUGGACGUGGCCAACCCCGCUCGCUGCUUAUGCUCCGUAAGGAGGUCGACUUCGUCCCGCUCAGUCCGAAGAAGCCCGAAGUCUCGCACCUAGGACAUAAACCAAGCGGUCUGCGUCCAAAGCUCCGCGAGCGCACGAACGUGAGCACGCGUCUCCGCACCGCCGGCGACGUACUUUCUUCAGAGGAGACGGAAAGCGAGGAGCCUGUCGUUCGCAAUGUGGCCGUCAGUACGCCUCGCACGCGACUUGGUGCCCAUUCACGCGGCUUCUCGGUAUCCUCGACUUCCUCGCUCUCCUCGACAUCAUCCCUCGCCAAUGGCGGCGACACUCAGCCAUCCACACCCCGUACAAGCCGCGACGACAGCAAGGGCAAGACGCGAGACCUACAAACGCCCAAAACAGCAUCCAAGGUCCACCGACGCACACAGAGCCUCGCAGACGUCCUCACCGACUCCCCGUCGCGCAUACCGGGAGCGGAGCUUGGCUCGGGCCUGAAGCUAGGCCCGCGGAGCGCGAGCUCGCCCAAUGCAGCUGCGGCUACGAAGAACAACGGCCCGCGCACGAUGGAGGAGAAGAAGGAGAUCCUGGGGAGCAUGCUCGGAAACGUGGACGCGCUCGUGGAGGGCGUGCGCAAGGCGGGGAUCUGGGGGCUCAGCUGA